AUGCCGGCGGAUGCGGGCGAGCCGCGGCCGCAGCGGGGCAACCGCGUGGGCUCGGGGCUGCUCCUGCUCUUCCUCUGGCCCUCCUCUUCCCCCUGCUCUUCCUCCUCUUCCUCUGGCCCUCCUCUUCCUCUUCCCCCUGCUCCUGUUUCUCUUCCUUCGUCCCUCCCUUUCCCCUUCCUCUCCUCCUCCUCCUCCUUCUCCCGAGUCCCCUCUCGCUGCCGCCGCUCCCCCGCUCCCAGCGGUGCCGAUCCCCAAAAGCAGCCGCGCUCUGCCCCGGGCGGGUUCUCGCGCGGCCCCGGCAGCGAUGCCGGCAGCAGCGGGCGGGCGCUGGGAGCGCUCUCCCUGCCGGGGCCGCUCUUACUGGGAGCGCUCUCCCUGCCGGGGCCGCUCUUACUGGGAGCGAACUGGGAGCGAACUGGGAGCGAGCGGCGCCCGCUCGGGCUGCGGCCGGCGGCGGGCGGGGCCAGCCCAGCGGGCGUGGCUAUGCAAAUCAGGCAGCGAGCGCGCGCUGCGAUUGAGACCGAGCGGCUGCUGAGCCGCGGCCCCGGGUACGGCACGGCCCAGGCGGCGCCGGGGCAGGAGCAGCAGCAGGAGGAGGAGGAGGAGGAGGAGGAGGAAGAGCUGCGGCGCCGCCUCAAGUACUUCUUCAUGAGCCCCUGUGACAAGUACCGCGCCCGCGGGCGCCGGCCCGUGAAGCUGGCGCUGCAGCUGGCCAAGAUCGUGCUGGUCACCGUGCAGCUGAUCCUGUUCGGGCUCAGCAACCAGCUGGUGGUGGCCUUCAAGGAGGACAACACGGUGGCCUUCAAGCACCUGUUCCUCAAGGGCUACGAGGACGGCGCCGAUGACACCCAGGCCGUCUACACCCGCGGGGACCUCCUGGAGCACCUGGCCUUCGUCCUCGAGAAGUACCUGGCUGUCCCCAACGAGACCCUGGGCCGCUACGCGUACGGCGGCGGCCGCGGGCUCCGGCUGUGCCAGCGCUUCUUCCGCCGCGGCGACAUCGACCCCGGCAACGACACCUUCGACAUCGACCCCAGCGUGGACACCGAGUGCCUGGGGCUGCACCCCGGGGCCCCCCGGCCGCCCCCGCUGGACCAGGGCAACUUCACCCUCCAGUUCCACAGGCUGAUCAAUGUCACCGUGGAGUUCCAGCUCAAGGCCAUCAACAUCCAGACGCUGCUGAACCACGAGAUCCCCGACUGCUACACCUUCAGCGUCACCGUCACGUUUGACAACAGCGCCCACAGCGGGCGGGUGCGGAUCCGCCUGGACACGCACGCGGCCAUCCGGGAGUGCCACCACCCCUCGCUGCCCCGCAGAGGUGACAGCGGGCUGCGGCUGUGCUUUGACGUGCUGGUGAUGGCGGUGUGCGCGCUGUCCCUGGGGCUCUGCGCGCGCUCCAUCGCCCGCGGGCUGCUCCUGCAGAGGGAGUUCAGCCGGUUCCUGCGCUGUCGCCGCGGUGUCACCGUGUCCCUGUCGGACCGCCUGGAGUUCCUCAAUGGCUGGUACCUGCUGCUGGUCACCAGCGACGUCCUCACCGUGCUGGGCACCGUGCUCAAGAUCGGCAUCGAGGCCAAGAACUUCUCAGGGUACGACGUGUGCAGCAUCCUGCUGGGGACAUCGACGCUGCUCGUGUGGGUCGGGGUCAUCCGCUACCUGACCUUCUUCCAGAAGUACAACAUCCUGAUCGUGACGCUGCGCGUGGCGCUGCCCAACGUGAUGCGCUUCUGCUGCUGCGUGGCCGUGAUUUAUUUGGGGUAUUGCUUCUGCGGCUGGAUCGUGCUGGGCCCGCACCACGUCAAGGUGUCUGUCCCCAGUUCCGGUCCCUCUCCAUGGUGUCCGAGUGCCUCUUCUCGCUGGUCAAUGGCGAUGACAUGUUCGCCACCUUCGCGGCGCUGCGGCCCAGCGGGGCGCUGGUGUGGCUCUUCAGCCAGGUGUACCUGUACUCCUUCAGCGCCCUCUUCAUCUACAUGGUGCUCAGCCUCUUCAUCGCGCUCAUCACCGGCUCCUACGACACCAUCAAGCACCAGUCGGAGGCUGUCCCCCCGGUGUCCCAGCUCCACGCCUUCAUCGCGCAGUGCCGGGACAGCCCCGGAUCCGGAAAGUUCCGCCGGGACAGCUCCGGCUCCUGCCCCAGCCUCUGCUGCUGCCCCCGGGCCCCCGCGCGGGACGAGGCGCUCGUGGUGAACUGAGGGGACGCCGGGGGGACGCCCCCAAAACCCCCAAAAUCCCCAAAAUUUUAAUUUAUUUUCUGCUUUCACCGCCCGGGACCCCAAAUCGGGGACCCCCGGGGCGGAUUUGGGGGGUGGGGAGGGAUUUUGGGGGUCCCUAAAUCCGUUUUUGGGGACAUUUUGGGGACAUUUUGGGAGCCCAGAUCAUUUUUGGGGACACUUUAGGGUCCCUAAAGCCAUUUUUGGGGACAUUUUGGGGUCCUUAAAUCUUGUUUUGGGGACAUUUUGGGGUCCCUAAAUCCGUUUUUGGGGACAUUUUGUGUCCCUAAAUCCAUUUUUGGGGACAUUUUGGGGUCCCUAAAUCCGUUUUUGGGGACAUUUUUGUGUCCCUAAAUCCAAUUUUGGGGACAUUUUGGGGACAUUUUGGGAGCCCAGGUCAUUUUUUGGGGUAAAUUUGGAAUUUUGGGACCCAAAAAUUGGAUAUUGGGGACAUUUUGGGGUCCCUAAAUCCAUUUUUGGGGACAUUUUGUGGUCCCUAAAUCCGUUUUUGGGGACAUUUUGUGUCCCUAAAUCCAUUUUUGGGGACAUUUUGGGGUCCCUAAAUCCGUUUUUGGGGACAUUUUGGGGACAUUUUGGGAGCCCAGGUCAUUUUUUGGGGUAAAUUUGGAAUUUUGGGACCCAAAAAUUGGAUAUUGGGGACAUUUUGGGGUCCCUAAAUCCAUUUUUGGGGACAUUUUGGGGUCCCUAAAUCCAUUUUUGGGGACAUUUUGGGGUCCCUAAAUCCAUUUUUGGGGACAUUUUGGGGUCCCUAAAUCCGUUUUUGGGGACAUUUUGGGGUCCCCAAAUCCAUUUUUGGGGACAUUUUGGGGUCCCCAAAUCCGUUUUUGGGGACAUUUUGGGGUCCCUAAAUCCAUUUUUGGGGACAUUUUGGGAGCCCAGAUCAUUUUUUGGGGUAAAUUUGGAAACUUGGGACCCCCAAAAUCCAUUUUUGGGGACAUUUUAGGGUCCCUAAAUCCAUUUUUGGGGACAUUUUGGGAGCCCAGAUCAUUUUUUGGGGUAAAUUUGGAAACUUGGGAGCCCCAAAAUCCAUUUUUGGGGACAUUUUAGGGUCCCCAAAUCAGGAUUUUUUGGGUGUUUGGGAAUUUUUGGACUACCAAAUCCAAUUUUUGGGGACAUUUUGGGAGCCCAAAAUCAUUUUUUGGGGUAAAUUUGGAACCUCGUGACCCCAAAAUCCAUUUUUGGGGACAUUUUGGGACCCCCAAAUCAGGAUUUUUUGGGUAUUUGGGAAUUUUAGGACUUCCAAAUCCAUUUUUUGGGAUAUUUUGGGAGCCCAAAAUCAUUUUUUUUUUGCGUAAAUUUGGAACCUCGUGACCCCAAAAUCCAAUUUUGGGGACAUUUUAGGGUCCCUAAGUCCAUUUUUGGGACAUUUUGGGAGCCCAGAUCAUUUUUUUGGGUAAGCUUGGAACCUCAUGACCCCAAAAUCCAUUUUUGGGGACCCCAAAUCAGGAUUUUUUGGGUAAUUGGGAAUUUUAGGACUCCAAAAUCCAUUUUUGGGGACAUUUUGGGGUCCCCAAAUCCAUUUUUUGGGACGCUUUGGGAGCCCCAAAUAAUUUUUUGGGGUAAAUUUGGAACCUCGUGACCCCAAAAUCCAUUUUUGGGGACAUUUUCGUGUCCCUAAAUCCAAUUUUGGGGACAUUUUGGGGUCCCCAAAUCCAUUUUUGGUGUCCCCAAAUCCUCCUCUGGGGACACCCCGUGACCUCGUCCCGUCCCUGGGGUCCCCGCAGCGGCUCUGGCACCCAAAACUCUCCCUUUUCACCCCAAAAUUCGGGGCUGUGCCGCACCCUGGGGGGGGUUCGCGUCCCCGCGGGGACAAUAAAGGUGACCUGAGACACGA